GUUUUCUUGUGGCUUCUCUUAUCCAUCCGUAUCUCCUCCAGGUACCUAUAUGGGAAAAAACUAGAUGGCAAUGCCUUUGUCCUCUUUGGGGUGAAGGUGGAUGAUGAGAAGAGGAGUAUCCCGCAGUCUCUCAAGAGAAUCUCGAUAGAAGAUGGAGACGGGGAAGCAACGCUGACCAGAGCGAUGCUGCAGGCUCGGUUCGCCAACCUGAACGAACUGGUUGGCCACUCGCUCUACAUCUCUGUCACCGUUUUGACAGAAUCUGGCAGCGACAUGGUGGAAGCGGAGAGAACCGGAAUUAACAUUGUGACCUCUCCCUAUCAGAUCCACUUCACAAAAACACCCAAGUACUUCAAGCCUGGGAUGCCCUUUGAACUCAUGGUAAUAUCUCUUCUUCUGGAUCAUGCCCACUGUUGCCUGAGGUGUAUAAAGAGGAGAGAACUAUGGGUACUAGGGUGAUGAGGGUGGUAUAAG